AUCUGACGUUUAUAACAAACCAAACAGUUUGAAAAUCUGUAGAAAAUUUACCAAGUUAUGGUUAUUUUAAAGUACACGCACCAUUAAACUACAAUGUUAUGAGUGAGUGUGCUGACUGUGACAAGAUGGCCGCCAGGUGCAGACGUCGACCUCCAUUGGCCAGCAGUGUGGACGAGACAUCUAGCCUUAAUUAUGUAAACUAUGUGGUUAACAUUAUUUCUCUGAAUGAGUUGUAAAGUACAUUAAAAAACGUAUAUUUUAUGGCUUUUAAGCAUGUUUGUCAUUAAUAAUGCUGUGUUCUGUCCGCUGAUCGGAUAUCUGAUAUGUGCUACUGUAAUGAAAAUAAAUUUACUGUAACUCACAGGUUAAAAGUAAAAUGUACAACUUUAAAUCAAUAACUAUGUGCAUGCUUAGAGCUAUUCUGUUAAUGUUCGGGAUACUUCAGAUAUAAAAACAGAGACAGGAAAAGUAGUCUUUUAUCAUUAAAAUCGGAACCUCCAUUAAAUUAAUGGAAUGUUUGUGCAUACCAAUAUGGCGGCGCGGUGGCUUCACAAUUGUGACGUCAUGUGCAAUCCAGUUAUUUAUAUGUAAAUCAGUGGUUAAUAGGCCUAUGCUUGGAUUUUCACUUUAAAUAUUCACUAAAAAUAAUAGAGCAUCUUAAAUAUACUAAUUUCAACAUACUGUGAUGGGACAUGCUAAUUCUAAUUUCCAAUGAUAUGUAGGACGGAUAGUGUGCAAACUUUUAUGAUAACAGAAGAUAUAAGAAUAGAAUGACACACACACAAAAAAAACUUGUUUUCGUAGCGAAAAUAUAAACACUAUUAUUAUGUGUAUAAAAGUAUGAGAACAGAAGACUUCUGGUUAUAAUAAGAAGUGUGAAGGAGGAUAAAUGACACGCGCUCGUUGUAAGUGUCAGUUGAGCUCUACUGGCGCCGCAGACGGUUGGACGGGUCCAUUACAUGAACAGAGGGUAUUCAUGGGCUCAGCGUGUCCUGGAAAAGCACUCUGCGCAAUGACCGAAGGAGAUAUCACCGUGUUUACACUUGGACCGACGACGAUCGAUCAAAAAGAUCCGAAACAUUAUGCUCUCCAAAAACUCUACUGCAAGAAUGGAGGAUACCAUCUCCGGAUCCAACCCAACGGGACUGUGGACGCGACUCGACAAGACAACGACAUUUACACUCUUUUAAAGGUGAAAGCAGUAAAAGCAGGGGUGGUCGCCAUCAGAGGUCACGAAACUGGAUUUUACCUUGCAAUGGACAAAUCGGGAAAACUUUAUGGCACUGGUACGUUCAAUGAUGAAUGUUACUUUAUUGAGAAGAUUGAGGAGAACCACUACAACACGUAUCGUUCACAGUGGCACCAGGACGAUGGAGACUGGUACAUGGGCAUCAAGAAGAAUGGACGAACAAAAAAUGGCAAGAGAACACACAAGGGCCAAAAUGCAAUCUACUUCCUACCAAUUCCAGUAGAUGACAGCAUUCAGUAAAUUUUUUACUGCAUAGGUCUUUACAAAACAUAAAAACUACACAAGAAUACUUGAUAUGUGGGACAUAUAUCUAUAUAAUGGAUUGUAUAUGUAUAUAUCUCUUAUUUCUUUCUUUUUUAUCUGUAAGUACCUAUGAAUUGUUUUUUUUUUCUUUCAGCAAUUUGAAGUAUUUUGAUAUUAAAGAAGCCACAGAAAUAUUAUAAAUAUUCAUUUAUGUGAAUAUACUGUAUAGUAUUUUUACUCUGUAUUUGUGGUUAAAACAAUUUUAGGCAGUAACAUGAUCUUAUCUGGAAUAAUUUCACUGUAACAAUUAACACGUAAUAAAACAAUAAUGAUUCA